AUGGACAGGCAUAGUACCAACGACAUAGACACCAGCACCAACAUCAAUACCAUGGCCAUGCUGCAUGGCCACAGUCCAAGCCAACUAACUGCCCGCCUGUCUGACUGUUGGGCUGACUAUACUUCCACUGAAGCUCACUCGGAUUCUUGUACUGAAGAACCCACGGAUCGUUCCACUGAAAUCUCCACCAAUCCUUCCACUAUAGUUCCCGCGGAAUCUUUCACUGAAGCUUUAAAGAAUCCUUUCAUUUCAGCUCCCACCAAUUUCUCCGAUGAAUAUUCAACGGAUUCUUUCACUGAAGCUCCAACGAAUAAUUUCACUGAAAUUCCCAUGGAUUAUCCCACAGAAACUCCCACGGAUCCUUUCACUAAAGCUCCCACGUAUACUGCCACUGAAGCACCAGCAGAUCCUUACAUCGAUUCUUCAACAAGAAUCAUCCACCGAUUCUUCUAG